UCCGGGAGUAAAUACGCGUCACCCUCUCUCGCACUCGCACGGAAAAAAGACGCGUAAUCGGAUAAAUUCAAAAACCUACGGUUGUAUCAACACUCUUAAGGUGGAUUGGUUAUGGUUUUUUAAAAGACCGACGAUGACGAAUGAUCCAGACGGAUCCAGUUUGGUGCUUUCCCUCAUCAACGAAGAAAACUUCUCCACCGAAACAACGAUUUUCAAUGACUCCUUAUCAAUGGAAUCACAAGAAUAUAUUUUUGAUAAGUUUUACAUAAGGGCCAUCUUCAUUAGCCUUUAUUCAAUCGUUUUUGCCUUGUGCUUUUUUGGAAAUCUUCUGGUUAUUUUAGUGGUAACAAUGAGCAGAAGACUGAGAUCGAUCACAAACUUCUUUCUCGCUAACCUGGCCGUCGCCGAUUUCUGCGUUGCCAUAUUUUGCGUAUACCAAAAUCUUUUAAUAUACAUUGUGGAAAAUUGGCUCUUGGGUGAUUUCCUAUGCAAAAUGUACAUGUUUAUCCAAUCGUUAAGCAGCACAGCAAGCAUCUUUAUCUUAGUGGUAAUAUGUACUGAAAGAUACUUCGCAAUUUUAUAUCCAAUUACGUGUAAGCAGAUACUCACUUCCAUCAGGCUCAAGUUAAUAAUCUGUGGCGUUUGGUCGGUCUGCAUCCUCUAUAGCUCACCAAAGUUCUACUGGGGCGACACAGUUACCAUCGGAAAAGAGACGGUUUGCGUACUUAACCGCCAAUUAUACAACUCGAAAUGGUUCGAUAUGACCCAUUUUGUAUUAUUUUACAUUUUACCGCUGGGAGUUAUGUCGCUUUUGUAUACAAGGAUAGCGAUAUGUCUAUGGAACAGCAGCCAACAGUUAAAACGACAACUGGACGCCUCUUCAAAUUCCAGCCAAUAUCAGACGUUUUGCAGAACCCAAUCGAUCCGAACUAAACAGGACAAAUUUUGUGCUUCGAACGGUACUACUCCAUGUGCCACCCCCGUGUCUACCUCUUCGAAAUUGCAACUUCAAAGUGGAACCUCUGGCAGUAACUCUUAUCAGGCCAGUUCAAGAGGGAGUCCGUCUUGUAGCGAAAACGUUCUCAGAGCGAGAAAAGGAGUGAUUAGGAUGCUCAUUUUUGUGGUUGUCGCCUUCGCAGUAUGCAACCUGCCAAUCCACGCCAGGAAAAUGUGGCAAUACUGGUCCACGAACUACCAUGGAAAUUCAAAUUUUAGCGCCCUUUUCACUCCCUUGACUUUCCUAUGUACUUACUUCAAUUCAGGGGUGAAUCCGCUGCUGUACGCCUUUUUAUCGAAAAACUUCAGAAGAGGCAUGAGGGAAAUCCUCUUUUGCACCCUUUCCAGGAAGAAACGUUCUCCCUCCUUACACCACCGGAUGAGCACGAGAAGAGGUAGAGGGGUUUUCCAUCGAAACGGUAGUUCCAGGUCUACCCUUAAGGGUGGUAACAAUAUGACAACUGUUACCAUUGUCCAGGAAUGCAGUUCCGAUGAAGUAUGAAAAACGGAGAGUUGCUUUAAUCGCGUUUUUUCAUCGGCAAGGAUUAAAGGUGGAACAAGAACUCAUACCUUAUAAAUUGUGUAAAUUUUGUAAAUAUUUUUGUUUAUUGAAUGUACAUAUUUCUAGUUUUACACAGUGAUUCAUAUAAUACUGUUAUGCAAGUCAAUAUAAAAACGUUUUUCCUAUAUUAUUGAAUGGUACUAAAUACAAUAAUUUUUAAAAUUAA